AUUCUCAUUUAUUAUCGUUGCUAUUACUAUUAUUAUUCUUUUGCUCUCGAGUGCAGGUGGGAAAACCCCUCGCGGAGGAGACGCCUCGUGGGAGUCGGACGUCCCCUCCAGUUCCCAGGCUUGCUUUCGAGUCUUGAAAAUCCCUCGUUUUUUGGGGUGCUUUAACCCCCCCUCCGCUCCUAUCCUAACUUGGCUUUGAUCUCUUCUUUUUCCAGCAGCGUUUCCCUCCCUGCCUUUUUGCUCGGUCUUCCCCUCCGUUUCUGCGAGCCCAUCUUUUUUCAAAUAAGGUUUUAAGUCUUCCCUUAUUUUAAUUUUGUUUCCAAAAAUUUUCGUUUAAAAAAAAAAAAAAUCUAAAGGGGGAAAAAAAAUAAAAAGAGUAGUUUCCUGCGGGAGCGCGCGCUGGGCGGAAGAUGAAUACGGCCGCUAGCAGCUACCCGAUGGCGUCGCUGUACGUGGGCGACCUGCACCCCGACGUCACCGAAGCCAUGCUGUAUGAGAAGUUCAGCCCAGCGGGGCCUGUCCUUUCCAUUCGGGUCUGCAGAGAUAUGAUCACCCGGCGGUCCCUGGGAUACGCCUACGUCAACUUCCAGCAGCCAGCGGACGCUGAGCGUGCUCUAGACACCAUGAACUUUGAUGUGAUAAAAGGCAAACCAAUCCGCAUCAUGUGGUCUCAGCGGGACCCCUCCCUGAGGAAGUCGGGGGUUGGGAAUGUCUUCAUCAAGAACCUGGACAAAUCCAUAGACAACAAGGCACUUUACGAUACAUUCUCAGCCUUUGGGAAUAUCUUGUCAUGCAAGGUGGUGUGUGAUGAGAAUGGCUCUAAGGGCUACGCAUUUGUGCACUUUGAGACCCAGGAUGCUGCAGAUAGAGCCAUCGAGAAGAUGAACGGCAUGCUGCUAAACGACCGCAAAGUAUUUGUUGGGCGAUUCAAGUCCCGUAAAGAGCGGGAGGCUGAGUUGGGAGCCAAAGCAAAGGAAUUCACCAAUGUUUACAUUAAAAACUUUGGGGAUGACAUGGAUGAUGAGAGACUGAAGGAGCUCUUCAGCAAAUAUGGGAAGACUUUGAGUGUUAAGGUGAUGACAGACCCGACAGGAAAGUCCAAAGGCUUUGGCUUUGUGAGCUUUGAAAAACAUGAAGAUGCCAACAAGGCAGUGGAAGAGAUGAAUGGAAAGGACAUCAAUGGGAAAAUGGUGUUUGUUGGUCGAGCACAGAAGAAAGUAGAACGCCAGGCAGAGCUGAAACGGAAGUUUGAGCAGCUGAAACAAGAGAGAAUCAGUCGGUACCAGGGAGUUAACCUGUAUAUUAAAAACCUAGAUGACACUAUUGAUGAUGAAAAGCUGAGGAAGGAGUUCUCACCGUUUGGAUCAAUAACAAGUGCCAAGGUGAUGCUAGAGGAUGGACGAAGCAAAGGGUUUGGUUUUGUCUGCUUUUCCUCCCCUGAAGAAGCGACCAAAGCUGUGACUGAGAUGAACGGGCGUAUUGUGGGCUCCAAGCCCUUGUAUGUUGCGCUGGCACAGAGGAAAGAGGAGCGCAAGGCCCAUCUCACCAAUCAGUACAUGCAGCGCAUUGCUGGGAUGAGGGCCCUGCCAGCCAACACCAUCAUUAACCAGUUCCAGCCUGCUGCUGGGGGCUACUUCAUGCCUGCUGUGCCCCAGGCUCAGAGCAGACCGACUUACUAUGCACCCAAUCAGAUGACACAGAUGAGACCUAACCCACGCUGGCAGCAAGGGGGAAGGCCACAAGGCUUCCAAGGAAUGCCAAAUGCCAUGCGCCAGUCUGGGCCACGUCCAGCACUGCGCCAUCUGGCCCCCGCUGGCAAUACUCAGGCCUCUCGUGGCCUCCCGGCUGCUGCCCAGAGAGUCGGGGUUGCCACUGCAGCUCAGAAUUUAGCUCCUCGUCCGCCUGUAGCUGCCCCUGCUCCCAGAGCAGUUCCUCCUUAUAAAUAUGCCUCAAGUGUCCGCAGCCCACACCCAACUGUUCAGCCUUUGCAGGCACCUCAGCCUGCAGUACACGUGCAGGGACAGGAACCUUUAACAGCUUCCAUGCUGGCUGCUGCCCCUCCCCAGGAGCAGAAACAGAUGCUGGGAGAACGCUUGUUCCCCCUGAUUCAAGCUAUGCACCCCAGCCUUGCGGGGAAGAUCACAGGAAUGCUGCUAGAGAUUGACAAUUCAGAGCUACUGCACAUGCUGGAGUCUCCAGAAUCCCUCCGGUCAAAGGUGGAGGAGGCUGUUGCUGUGUUGCAGGCUCACCAAGCCAAGAAAGAAGCUGCCCAGAAGGUGGGCGUGGUUGCUGCUACCUCUUAAACCAGGAAGACUGGAUGCAAAGAAGCCAAAUAGCCCCUUCAUAGACAUCAGCUCAAGAUGUUUGAAGAUACUCUUAAUUGUCCUGCAGAUCUCCGCAACAUGCAUAUCAAAUAACCAUAUUGCAUUUUGUAAAUUAACCUUUAAAAUCUUAUUUAAAAAAAAAUCAAUUCCAUGAAGCUUUAGAUUUCCAAGACCAGGAUUAAGUUUGCAAGCUUUUCCUUUGUGGCCAGGACAGAGUUUAACCUUUGUCUUUUCUAAGCAGGACAUCGAGGAUUUCUGAUUGAAAGUUUUUUGUGGUUUUGGUUUUAACUGAACAAUCCAGUUUGCAAAAUCUGGAAAGUGUUUAUCAAUAAAGGAAUAAAAACUUUCACUAAAUGGGUCUCUUC